CACCUCUCCUUCAAGUUAGCACCAACCCAAACAAGCAGGAAACAGGAAAUGUUCAGGUUUCAGGGAGGCUGAAGCCCAGCGCAGCCCCGCGCAGCAUCAUGCCUGGCCGAGGGAAGGCUUCCCGGGCUGCCCUCGUCUUUGCCCUGGUGAUCGCGCUCCUUCCCACCAGCCAGCCAGAGGGCAUUUUGGAGGAGCCGGAACAGUCAGGAUAUAUGGACCUGGAACUAGAACAUGAAGACUCUACUAUUCAGACGACCACAGCCUGGUCCGCUGCAGUGACCACAGCACAGUUUGCUGCAGUGACCACAGCAAUGUUAGUUACAGAUACAAAUUUUACCUACAUUGAGGAGGAUUCAGAUCAGCUAGAGUUUAUAUUAAUGGUGUUGAUCCCACUGAUUUUAUUGGGCAUCCUAUUUGUAUCACUGGUAAUCCUUGUAACGCACUAUAAAAGGAAAAGAGCUAAACAAGGGCCUUCUAGCCAAGGAUCUCAGAGUGCCUUACAGACACAUGAACUGGGAAGUGAGAACAUCAAAGUCCCCAUUUUUGAGGAAGACACACCCUCUGUCAUGGAAAUCGAAAUGGAAGAGCUUGACAAGUGGAUGAACAGCAUGAAUAGAAGUGCUGACUGUGAAUGUUUACCUACUUUAAAGGAAGAAAAGGAAUCAAACCACAACUCAAGUGACAAUGAAUCCUGAAACUGAAUGGUGCUAAUGUUUUCCAAGAGGAGCAGCCCGGAGGGAGCCAGCCGAGCCUGCCAACGGGGGAUGAAGAGGAUGCAAAUUUAAUUAAUUUCAAAUCAACAUAGACACAGAACCUUUUGCUGUUCCUUCCAACGCCCACUCUCCCCAACGAUGCCAUCACCUGUACUUGGAAGAAUGCACAAUUGAGAAGCACUAGGAAGAGGCUUGGCUGCCGUCCACAGUGGCUUCUGAGGGUGGAGGAGCCACGUGACAUUCACCUCUCAGGGCCGGCGCCCUCCUCUCCACCAACCUCUAGCUGGCUGUGCUCACUCCGGCCAUAUUCUCUGGGUCUUUGCUCCCUUUCUGCUUCAUUCCUUGGAGUUUAAAUCAGGAAGCUGUUUUAUAUAUGGCCUCCUUCUGGGUCACCUUGUUACCUAAUUAGCUUUGGAUAAUUUCCUCUGAUUAGUCAAAUCCUCUGAUAGGUUAUCUGCAUUCAGCAGGAACUUUCCUCAAGGCGAGUUACGUCAUGGAAAAGACAGCAAACAAAGCCUGUGUUUCACUGUAUACAUCAUCCCAGGGUUUGGGAAGCACGUCCACCUGCCAAGAAGACUGAGUGAGAGAGUCCGCCGUCCAGGGGAGAUGUUAUUUGGUGACUUGUGGACUCUGAGCUGGCCAGACAGACCCCUCGGGCACUUCUUGGAGGAAUAGGAAUCUUUGAUUAAAGAGCGAAAUGAUUGCUGUCUCGGCUAACAUCACCAGCUUGCUCACAUUUCUCCAAAGCUCAUCUUUGCUCUCACCACCCCUCCUUUGCCUGUGGUGUGAACAGGACAUGUGCACAGGGGGUCAUCAUCCACCCUCUAUAUUCUUGAGAUGUUUAAGGUCAUUUGCAACAAACAGAAUAGAAACAGGCAGACACCUGCGCCCAUGGCAGACAUCACUCACUGCACCUCCCUGUUGGGCUGGCACAAGCCUCGUGUCCUCCUUGACACAGCUCUCCAGAAGGCCACUAUUAGUCCAGCAGAGGUGACAUUCUACAUGGUAUUUGUUGACAUUCUUGUGCAAGAAGUAAUGGUGCCAAGUGCAGAAGGGCCUGCUUAUCAUUCUUGUUCACGGAAAAUCAAUCUUCACUGAAUCCUUAAUUGUCUAAUUCUGACCUUUAAAGCAAUCUAGCAAAUUGGGAGUCCUUCAGGUCUUCCACAACACCUGAUAUUGUAUUCCAGGAAAGAAAUAAAGAAUGAAAACUUCACUUAUUUUACUCUCCACAUGUAAACUGAGGGGAGAUGAGGUUCACCAAACAUUUGCUGCUGAAUCUGGGGUCUUGCGUUUGAAAGGCUGCCUUAAUGCAUAACGAAACUGCCCCUCUCCCCCUUCUCGGAAUCCCUUUUACUGGUACUCACCUUCUGAACUGUGCCCAUAAUUUUAAAGGCAGAGCUCCAGGCCAGGGAGAUCUUUCCAUACAAGGAAAGAGAACCAUCUGGUUGUGUUUAACCACUGCUAUUAUGCUACCCUGGGACCUCGUGGAGCUCUCGCAAAAGACAAUCAUUGUGGUAUAUAAGUUCAAUAGAUUUGUCUGUCAUAUCCUCAUGAGCAUAUCCUAAUAAGGUAUUUUUGUUUUCACUUCUGUUUUGCAUAUUCAUAUUCAACUUGUGGUCUACAGUGACUCUCAGAUAUUUAUGCCAAAAUUGCCAUUUUCGGAAUUAUCAUUUCUGCCUAUUUUGUUACUUUGUUUCUUCUCAACGUUUUGACUCUCAGAGAGUCUUAGAUUGCUUCUCUCUCUCUCUCUAGGUAUCUAAGAUUUUUGCUGAAUACUUACACCUAUAAAUUUUAUCCAAGUCUAUCAAACAAUGGACUUAGAAGUUCAGACAAUGAUCGGGGGCAUGACAUCUCAUUUUGACUAAGCAAUAGUUUAUAAUACGAUAAAAAUAUUCUCAUUCAGUAUUUAAAAUAAUUUUAAAUUUCAGAAGAAGCAGGCUUCCGCAACAUGUCAUUGAAUUUAUGUCUGUAAAAUGUCCUAACCUCUAUAGUUGCACAGUCUACAAGGCAUUUUUUUAGAACGUAGUUUUUCUAGCAAGGUAUAGGAACCAAAGUAGUGAAGGGUCAAUCCUGGCAUCCUGUAUCUUUUUAUUACUGUUAAAUCGAUAGAUAUCAUAUAUUUAUGAUAAUUUCAAAAACUGGUUUUAAACCCAAACUUAAUUUUUAUGUUUCAGAUUGUUAGUAAAAAUCACAUUAUUUUGCCCUAAUUGGGUAGCCAAUCAGAACAAAAUCUGACUUUAGAAUAUUUUAAAGAUAUAUAAGUUUCACUGCAUUUUUUGUACAUUUUAAGCAAACUAGGUAAGCAAUAUUGCCUAGUUAAACUCCUCAGGAAACUUGUUUUAAUAAACAUACAAGUUAUCGA